AUGGCGGAACACCCCGUCCAGGUGUUUGCGUACGGCUUGCUCGUGAGCUGCGGGAUUUUGGGGAACGCCGUAGUCAUCUGGAUCGCGGCCGACUCCACCCGGGAGAACCGCUACCUGGCCUCCUCCGACCUCAUCCUGAUGAACAUUGCCGUGGCCAACCUGCUGCUGUCCCUCACCAGGAACACCCUGCUCCUCUUCUUCGACGCCGGCUACUCCGUGUCCUUCACCGACGUGGGGUGCCGGAUGAUGAUGUUCGUCUGGACUUGGCUGAGGUCGGCUAGCAUCUGGGUCACCCUCAGCCUCAGCAUCUUCCACUUUGUCACCAUCAGGGCAAGCCGCACCAUGCUGCAGAAGCUGAACGAGAGGAACAAGAUUGCAAAAGCCAUGGUGAUCGAGUGGGCUCUGAGCUUUGUCUACUCCAGCGUUGCCCUGGGCUACUCAUCCAAUACAAAGACUAACAGCACCAAUAAUCUAAUGUUGAUCAGUAGUACCAUUAGGCCACUGCUUGGCUGUGUGUGGACAUUUCCAGAUGAUACCAGUGGUCUUAUUUACACAAUGAUCUCAGUUGUUAUACAUGAAGCAAUCCCAAUAAGCCUAAUGAUUCUUGCAAACGCUGCCACCUUGUUGUUUCUCUACAAGCACUACAGAAAAACGCAGGAUGUUGUGUUUAAUAAUAAUCUGAUCAGCACUGAGUGGAAAGCAGCCAAGACCAUCCUGUACCUGAUUUUGUUGUUCAUUUUUUGUUGGGGCACGCACGUGUUAUCAAUAAAUUAUUAUAAUUUUAUGGGCAGCCCCUCCACCCGCUACAUGCUGAUUAUCGCCAGGUUUUCAGCCUCGGGGUUUGUGGGCUUCUACCCACUGGUCGUAGCGACAGGCCACGGCAAAUUGAAAAGGAAAAUGGCCAACAUCCUGAGGUGUAGGUGGCUGAAGUCUCUCAAUCAGUGA